AUGCUGUGUUUCCGCCAGAGCGUUGUGGUGGUUCUCUUGUUCUAUGCGCUGCCUAGCGCCACUGUCGAUCUCGCACAGUGCAACAUCGAUAUACAGGCGCGUUUGGAUAACGGCACGCUUUCUCCAUCAGAUCCCAUCUUCUAUUACAAUGGCACUUCAUAUCUGUCUCAGCGAGACGAUCUUCAACUCACAAUCCUAGGGUGCGAGACAUCAUGCCCGCAUUCGCGAGAUGAAUUCUACGACGAUAUCGGACCACGGUUGUUAACAUGGCUGAUUCCGAUCUUGCUGAUGAUCGGAAACAUUCAUCUUCCACGCAUUGGAUUCAAACAUCGGGUGUUGAUCAUCUUCCACCACAUUGGAGACCCCAUAGAUGCUAUGUGGUCGCUUUUAACCAAAGCUGAGGUUUGGAGUCGUUUUUAUUCCAUGGCGCAAUGGAACUCCGACGGACGUCCUGACGCGUCGUCCAACCCUGGAACCCAGGCUGUGAUUUGGUGUGCGAUUGAAGAGCUCACGGGAGAUAUGGGGAGUGUCGUCUCACUUUUGCGAGAAAUCCACAGUGAAUCUGGCCAUACCCUCAGUCGAGACGACUUGAACCACAUCCUGGCCGAGACGGCAGACGAAUUGGUUGACAGCCGUACGAACGAGGUCUUACGAGCGCUGUUGGUGAUCUUUAACUACCUGUGGAGCAUCAUCGCGGCAUUCGUGCCUUCGAUUGGCGGCACAUCAUCUAGUCAACCAGGUGGCCGAAUUGGUACUGCCAUGUUCCUGAGUUUCAUCAUUAACUCCGUGAUGCUCAGCAACACUCUCUCGGGGUUCUCCUCAAGACGAACUUGCCUGCGAAUCCUCGAACGUUACAACCGGACUGUCAAAGAGCGGGGUCACCGCGAUCAGCAUCUGUUUUCGAAAAUCAAAGCCAGGACGUCGACUUGGUUCUUCCACGGGAAGAAUAAGAAGGCCCAGCCCGACGACUACAUUGAUGCUCAACCAUGGAAUGGUGCAGUUUAUUGCUUCCGGCCGAACAAGAAACUGGUGCCUAGCCAUACGCCAGGCGACCGAUCUCCGUUCAUCUUACUAAUUCUCGCUGCCUUGCCUGUUCUGGCAUCCGUUUCCUGUGCAUUCGCUAUUAUUUGGAUUACACCCACUAUCGGACUCAGUUGUCGCAAUCUUUGGGUUCUCAGCCUCGGCCUUGUCUUCUUGGUUUCUCCUAUCCUCACUUGGGUAUUCUCACUGGUGGCUAGCGGAAAGUAUCAUUGGUACCUCACCACAGCAAAAGAUGCCAUGAUCUCACUUUCCGUCCUCACCAUCGUCAUCCUCUCCAGCACCGGUCUCUUCAACACCUGCUGGUGCUGGAGCGCCGUGUACAGCCUAGGCAUCCACGCCCACGUCAUCCUCGACCCCAUCGACGAGCGCAAACACUACGGCCUCACCCUCUACCCCACCCUCGUCGGCAUCUGCCUUGGCCUCCAACUCUUUGCCUACAUUUCCAUGUACCUCAUCAUGCGCCCCGGCGCCCACGUCUUCCGCCUCAGCGAAGACGAGAAGAUGGCCAACUACCGCACUCUGGGGGAGGACUUCAUGACCUUGCCGCCGCCGGCGAUCAGCCCGUCACUGGGUCCGUCGCAUCGACGGAGGAGCUCGGCCGCGUCAAUCGGGGAGCGUGCGAGGAGUAUGAGUUUUGGGGAGCCGUCGCCGAUUUCUUCGGGGGCGUUGUCGCCGGAAUGGCAGGCGUCGGAGCACCCGCUUCUUGGUUCUCCUCGGCGAGGUGAACGCUCUUGA